CCAACUCGCACACUCAACUCAACUCAUCGUAGCAGGCCCAGCUCGUGUUUUUCGAUUGGGGUUUUUUGUGUGUGGCUCGUGGUUUCUCUCUGCUCCAACCUCCUCGGAAAGUGUCGCUUUUCGCCAGUAAAUCUCGUCCGAAAGUGUCCGGCAUGGUCGUAACCGGAUGCGUGUGCUUGUGUGCCGUGUGAUUCGCCUGGAACUGGACCGGUGGCCGUCGAGACCCUCUUUGUGAGCAACAGCAGCAGCAGCAGUAGAGUUGCAGGGUCGUCGUCGUGGUGUGUUGGAACACCAAAAAGGAAAACCGUACGCGCGCCUCCUCUCUACGCGUUUCUCACACACUCUCUCUCGCAUACCCAUCGGAAUCGCUGUUUGUGUGUGCGGGCCCGUCGUCAUCAUCCAGUCGUCGUCGUCGUCGCAACUCAGGGGUACAAGACCGUCCGUCCGAGAAAUAGACCGAGAGCGAAGAGACGGGUCGACGGGGCGAAGAUUUUCAACGCCAGUCAGCAGCAACUUUGAAAUUGAAAUUGCCUUCGCGCAUCACAGCCAACAGCAGCAGAAAAAUCAAAAGCCAAAAUUGCUAUCGACAGCAGCAGUGUGUGGAGUGUGGUGUGAAGUGUGUGCUGAAAGCAGCGAAAUUUAUGCUGAAAAUCGACAACCAUUGAACAACGGAGGCCAUCCGAAACUGGGGCUGUAGCUUUUAUAGUUGGAGGUUGGAUGAUUUUUUCCUUCCUUCUUCGUACGAACUCACAGUCUGUGUGUGCGUGUGCGUGUGUGUGCGAAGCGUUUGUGUAAGUGGCCACCCCGAGAGUCGAAAGGGGGCAGCGGCACCAGAAGCAGCUGGAACCGGAGGAGACGGACGAGUUGAACCUACAACAACAACAGAAAAAAAAGAGUUGGAAAAAACAGCCCUACAAAGAGCCACACAAUUUCUCCGCAGCCAAGGAAACGAACGCGAAAAAGCAACAAGGAACCUGGCCAUCCCGGGUGCGUAAGCUCAGGUGAAGAAGCACCACCAAAACACUGCUCGCUGCCAACAAAAUAACCUCGAGCAGUGAAAACAUCUCUGUCGCGCAGAACGCGGACGGGAUCGAGUACAUCCUGCAGGAGAUUGGCACCGGAGACACGGUUGAAAGAAGCUUGAUCAAGUAGAACCCCCCGCCCACAGACAGACACACGAUGGAACUGCGCGUUGGUAACAAGUACCGGCUCGGUCGCAAGAUCGGGUCCGGCUCGUUCGGUGACAUCUACCUGGGCACCAACAUCUCCACCGGCGAGGAGGUCGCCAUCAAGUUGGAAUGUAUCAAAACGAAGCACCCACAGCUCCACAUCGAAAGCAAGUUCUACCGGAUGUUGCAGGGCGCCGUCGGCAUUCCGACGAUCAAGUGGUGCGGCUCCGAGGGAGACUACAACGUGAUGGUAAUGGAGCUGCUCGGUCCGUCGCUGGAAGAUUUGUUCAACUUUUGCUCAAGACGGUUCACACUGAAGACGGUGUUGCUGCUGGCAGACCAGAUGAUUUCCCGUAUCGAUUUCAUACACUCGAGAAGCUUUAUCCACCGUGACAUCAAACCGGACAACUUCUUGAUGGGGCUGGGGAAGAAGGGCAACCUGGUGUACAUAAUCGAUUUUGGCCUGGCCAAAAAGUACAAGGACUCGAAGACGAUGGCGCACAUUCCGUACCGGGAAAAUAAGAACCUCACCGGAACGGCCCGUUACGCCUCGAUCAACACACAUUUGGGCAUCGAGCAGAGCCGUCGUGACGACCUGGAAUCGCUGGGCUACGUGCUGAUGUACUUCAAUCUGGGAACGCUGCCCUGGCAAGGACUGAAAGCGGCCAACAAGCGCCAGAAGUACGAGCGCAUUUCCGAGAAGAAGCUGUCGACGCCUAUCGAGGAGUUGUGCAAAGGCUUCCCGCCAGAAUUCGCCUCGUACCUGUCGUACUGCCGCCAGCUGGACUUUACGCAGCGUCCGGACUACUGCUAUCUGCGGAAAGUGUUCCGAACGCUGUUUGCACGACAGGGUUACACCUACGAUUACGUGUUCGACUGGAACAUGCUGAAGUUUGGAGGUUCCUCGCGCCACAACAACGCAACCGAGCGGAACAAAACGGGCGCCGUCGUCCAGCCGGGAGAUCCGGGAGCGAUCGGCACCAGCAUGGUAGCGACGGCCGGAGGCGGAGUGGUCACGACCGUCACCGGAACGACGGCCUCGCUCGCGAAGAACGAUUCCUGCAAACAGCUCGCCACUAGGCUGGUCCAGAUGAUGGCGCAGUCGCGGCCACCGGGCGUCGACGGCCAGCAGGUUCCGGUGGGACCCGGAGGACAACCCGUGCAGCAGCAGCAGCAGCCGCCACACAACAACAACGCCGGCAGUGCAAACCCGGAACCGACCUUCUCGAGGCACGACACGCCCGAGCGGCGCUCGUCGAUCCGCUUGCGCGGCCAGAACCUAGACUCACGAAAUAUUGAAUAAUAUUAAAUUCUUUCCCUAAGUUUUUAUUAUUUGCAUAUAUAAUUUUAAUAUUAUAUACGUGAGAACUGUCGGUUAUGCAAGCGCGGGAAGAGAGUAAGGCAAGCUAAAGCGGACUGCGCGGAAAGGGCGAUCCUUGUUGGCAACAUUUUUUUUAAUUUGUACUCUCAGCGCCAAAGGAUCGCCGCAGAAUAUAUAUAUAUAUACAUAGACUAGUUAGUGCGAAAAUUUACAGACAUAAAUACACGCAGUAAAGCCGGGAUUAUUGGAAAGGUAGUAAGAGAGCUCUCAAACUCCCACAAAAACACACACACAUACAUACAUACACGCAUUAUUAUUUGUUUAAGGGCCAUCAGAAUGUGUAAAUGCAAAAGUUGGCCUCGAAGAGCGCAGACAGAUGGGGAAAACACAAUUUAUAAGAAAGUAUAGAUAUAAUGGAAUUAUUGCUUAAUUCAAAAAUUAAUUAUACAUAAAUGUAGCACUUCAACCUGGAAAAAAAAUGAAACAAAAUACACAUUAGAAAAGAACCCGAAAUGACGAUGAGCACAUCCUCACUUAUACAAAACAAAGAACCUAACACAAACACACACAACUAAACAAUGCGACCGUAUUGUUCAUCUAUAUUCACAUCCAAUUUGCGUGACGGUACCGUAGAGAACGUAACCUUUAAGCGUAGUUAAGCGAGUAAACAAA